CAGUCAGGUUUGUGAUUUUGUCAUUUGCUCAUUGUCUGCUAGUGCUUUCUUGAUAAAAAAUACACAAGAUACGCCUCUACCUACUGAAUUAAAUGAAGAUGUGUGACGUGGAUAAAUGGAUAGAAAUUGCAAAGAGGUGUAAAUAUUUACCAGAAGAUGAUUUACGGGAGUUGUGCAACAUUGUCUGUGAUCUGUUGCUGGAGGAACCCAACGUCCAACCGGUCCAGACCCCAGUAACCGUUUGUGGAGAUAUACAUGGACAGUUUUAUGACCUAGAAGAACUGUUCAACAAGGGAGGCCAAGUACCAGACACAAAGUAUAUAUUCAUGGGAGACUAUGUCGAUCGAGGCUACUACAGUUUAGAAACACUGACUUUACUUAUGGCUCUGAAAGCCCGUUACCCAGAUAGGAUAGUCUUGUUAAGAGGGAAUCAUGAAACCUGUCAAAUCACAAAAGUGUAUGGUUUCUAUGAUGAAUGCCUCAACAAAUAUGGUAAUGCAAAUGCCUGGAAAGAUUGCUGCAGAGUAUUUGACCUUCUAACUGUGGCAGCGUUAAUAGAUGAAACAGUUCUGUGUGUCCACGGAGGAUUAUCACCAGAGAUCUCUAUGCUCGAUCAGAUCAGGUGUAUUGAUAGGAAUCAACAAAUACCACAUAAAGGUGCCUUCUGUGACUUGCUGUGGUCAGAUCCAGCUGAAGUCAAAACAUGGUCAGUGAGCCCCAGAGGUGCAGGUUGGUUGUUUGGGAGCUACGUCACAGAAUUAUUUAUGAACUAUAAUAACCUAAAUCUAAUAUGCAGAGCCCAUCAACUCGUAAAUGAAGGUUACAAAUAUAUGUUUGAUAAACGAUUGGUAACAGUCUGGUCAGCUCCUAAUUACUGCUAUCGAUGCGGUAAUGUGGCUUCCAUAUUGGAAUUCAAGACCGUCAAUGACAGAACGCCAAAAAUAUUCCAAGCUGUCCCUGACAGUGAACGUGAAGUGCCUCCACAACACACCACACCAUACUUCCUUUGAGGAUCAUAAGUAAAGUGAUAACACAUAGAACAAUAAGACAGCAAGUAUUCCCAAGUGUAAUUAAGUAAAUAUUUUGUAUAAUAAAUUGUUGGAUAUUGUA